CAGACCACGGAGAGCCGCCCUCCCAUCCGCAGCGGGAAGCAAAAUCGAGGUAUCCUUACCGCCCCCAAAACCCUCGGCUCCCAUACGCCACGCCACCCCGGCCAGCCGGCUCGCACGGCCACCCCCCCCCCCCCCCCCUUCUCUCCUCCCGUUCUCCCGUCUCCGAACCCUAGUGUCUUCGAGAAGCAUCGGGCGAGGAGCGCGCCGCGGUGCUUCCGGAAGCUUCUGGAAGGAGGACUACCCCGCGGCGGCGGCGAUGGGGGCGUCGGAUCUGGACCGGCAGAUCGAGCAGCUCAAGCGGUGCGAGCCGCUCACGGAGGCGGAGGUCAAGGCGCUCUGCCUCAAGGCCAUGGAGAUCCUCGUCGAGGAGAGCAACGUGCAGCGUGUCGACGCCCCCGUCACCGGUUUGGGUGCCGACGGGAUGUCAGAUAUGCGGUGUGAUCGUCUUGUGGAGCUGAUUUUUGGGGCAAACAGAGGAUAUUCUUGUCGGGUGUAUAAGGAAGAUGCUGUGAUAUGUGGAGACAUUCAUGGGCAGUUCUAUGACAUGAAAGAACUGUUCAAAGUUGGAGGUGACUGCCCAAAUACAAACUACCUGUUCCUUGGGGAUUUUGUGGACCGAGGAUUUUAUUCAGUGGAAACAUUUUUGCUUCUUUUGGCUUUAAAGGUUAGGUAUCCAGACCGUAUAACUUUAAUACGAGGAAAUCAUGAGAGCAGGCAGAUCACACAGGUUUAUGGAUUCUAUGACGAGUGCCUUCGCAAAUACGGCUCAGUUAAUGUCUGGAGAUAUUGCACAGAAAUAUUCGACUAUCUAAGUUUGUCUGCACUUAUUGAAAACAAAAUCUUUAGUGUCCAUGGAGGCCUUUCUCCUACUAUUACGACACUGGAUCAGAUAAGAGUAAUAGAUCGCAAGCAAGAGGUACCUCAUGAUGGAGCCAUGUGUGACCUUCUAUGGUCUGAUCCAGAGGAUGCUGUAGAUGGUUGGGGAUUAAGUCCUCGAGGUGCAGGAUUCCUCUUUGGUGGAAAUGUAGUUGCGUCAUUUAAUCACUCAAACAACAUAGAUUAUAUUUGUCGUGCUCAUCAACUAGUCAUGGAAGGAUAUAAGUGGAUGUUCAGUAGCAAGAUUGUCACUGUAUGGUCAGCUCCUAAUUACUGCUACAGGUGUGGCAAUGUUGCUGCAAUCCUAGAGCUGGAUGAGAACCUAAGUAAGCAGUUCCGCGUAUUUGAAGCUGCUCCACAUGAAUCAAGAGGCGUUCCUGCUAAGAGGCCAGCACCAGAUUACUUUCUGUGAUGCUGCACAUUCAACGCAUGAGCUUGCUACCGAUCUCUGCUUGCAAGCACUGGCAGACGAGUCAUGUGGAUGUCCCAUGUUCUAAGAAGAGCUCAGGCCUUACAAGAGUCGUACCAGGAGGUGCUUUCAGGAUGUAUAAACCGAGUGUUAUGUUUCUCCUUUCAGGUCUAUGAUUUGUAGGAAAGCCAAUGUUGGCAUCCAGUUUUUCGCAGAAUAGCUCCUAUUCGAGCUUGAGAAACAUGCCUCUGUGAAGGGAUUUCAUGGGGUGUGCAUUAGUACAUGAUGUAAAAUUUUGUUGCAGUCGAUUCAUCCCUAAGAAAGCCCGUUGCUAGAAUCUGAAGUGAUAUGGAAAUGCUGUGCCUGAGUGUCUAAUGUUGCUGCGGUGCAAGUGUAGGAAAUUUUGUAGCUGACGUUUGCGCAACUGUUAGGAGUAUAGCAUAUGGUCAUGGUACCGUUUUGCUACUACUACUAACUUGCCUGAAAUAUCCGUGUGUAAUGGUUGUAAUGUAACUUGCUCUGGCAGCUUCUCUAAUUUGAAUCUGUCUAGUUGGAACUUUCCCAACUACAUUUUAAUAAUGUGUUACACAUUUUUCGGUUGUU